AAUGAUCUUGGAGGUGACUUCAAGGGACAUGGCAAGAGCUCCUCUGCUGCUGACAAAGUUGUCAGUGAAAUUAGAGCAAAUGGCGGGAAAGCAAUCCCCAAUUAUGAUUCAGUGGAAGAUGGUGAAAAGCUUGUGAAGUCAGCACUUGAGGCUUUUGGGAGGAUAGAUAUUGUUAUAAACAAUGCUGGAAUUCUAAGAGACCGUUCAUUUGUUCGGAUAAGUGAUGAAGACUGGGAUAUUAUUCAUAGAAUUCAUUUGAGGGGAUCAUUCCUGGUCACUCGAGCUGCAUGGAAUCAUAUGAAAAAUCAGAAAUUUGGCAGAAUAAUUAUGACUUCUUCAGCUGCUGGAAUAUAUGGAAACUUUGGUCAGGCCAACUACAGUGCUGCAAAACUUGGCCUUUUGGGUCUGUCAAACACAAUUGCAAUUGAAGGCCGAAAGUAUAACAUCCACUGCAACACCAUUGCACCCACUGCUGGAUCCAGAUUGACCCAGACUGUCAUGCCACAAGAUCUCAUUGAUGCAUUCAAACCAGAGUAUGUUGCUCCCUUAGUUCUUUGGCUUUGCCAUGAGACCUGUAUGGAGAAUGGCAGUCUCUUUGAGGUGGGAGCAGGAUGGAUUGGGAAAUUGCGCUGGGAGAGAUCCUUGGGUGCUAUUGUUAGAGUAAAGGAUCAGCCAAUGACUCCUGAGGCAGUGAGAGAUAAGUGGGAGAAGGUCUGCGACUUCAAUAAUGCCAGCAAACCAAGAAGUAUCCAAGAAUCUAUAAGUGUAUUGAAUGAUGCAUUAAGUCACAUAGAGUCACAAGGGAGUAUAUCUAUGAAUUCCACAAAUUCUAGAUCAGUGGUCUCUUCAGCAGUUGACACGACAAGUCUUGUUGGCCGGGAGUUGACUACUAAGGUGUAUAAAUAUACUCACUUGGAGCCUAUUCUAUAUGCUCUUGGUGUGGGAAUGUCAACUAAGGAUCCAGAUCACCUGAAAUUUCUCUUUGAAGGAAGUGAGGAGUUCUGCUGUUUACCUACCUUUGGAGUUAUUCCAGCUCAGACUUCAAUGUUUGAUGGUGUUCCUUCUAUUCCGGGACUAGAUAUGGAUCUUGCAAAGAUGCUGCAUGGUGAGCAGUACCUGGAACUGUAUAAACCAUUACCAACCUCAGGUGAAUUAACAUCAGUUUCAACUAUUGCUGAUCUACUGGACAAAGGUUCUGGAGCAGUCUUGCUUAUAGAUGUGAAUACCUAUUGUGGAAAGGAUCUAGUGUGCUAUAACCAGUUCUCUUUAUUUUUUGUUGGAGCUGGAGGAUUUGGUGGAAAACGAACAUCAGAAAAGGCCAAGGUAACAGUGAAUCCACCCAAGAGACCUCCAGAUGCUGUACUUUCUGAUGUCACAACAUCUGAUCAGGCUGCCUUGUAUCGGCUUAGUGGGGAUUGGAAUCCUUUACAUCUUGAUCCAAGUUUUGCUGCACUGGGAGGAUUUCAGAAGCCAAUACUUCACGGACUAUGCACCUUUGGGUUUGCUGCUAGAAACAUCUUGAAGCAGUUUGCAAACAAUGAUGUGACUAGAUUCAAGGCGAUCAAGGUUCGCUUUGCAAAGCCAGUCUUUCCAGGGCAAACUUUACAAACAGAAAUGUGGAAGGAAGGAAGUAGAAUUCAUUUUCAAACCAAGGUCAAAGAGACUGGAGACAUUGCUAUUGCAGGUGGCUAUGUGGAUUUAGUAUCGGCCUUGGAUAAGCCUUCACUGGAGCCUACUGAAAGGCUGCAGAGUGACAUGGUGUUUCAAGAAAUUGGCCGUCGCAUCAAAGAGAUUGGACAUGAAUUGGUAAGGAAAGUAAAUGCUGUGUUCCAGUGGAACAUCACUAAAGAUGGAAAAACAGCAGUACAGUGGACAAUUGACUUGAAAAAUGGUUCUGGAGCCGUGUACCAGGGACCUGCGAGAAGUACUGCUGAUACCAUCUUCACACUCUCAGACCAGGAUUUUAUGGAUGUGGUGAAACAGAAGACCAAUCCCCAGAAGGCAUUCUUUUCUGGUAAACUGAAAGUGAAGGGGAACAUCAUGCUGAGCCAGAAGCUGCAAAUGAUCCUGAAAGAUUAUGCCAAACUCUGAACUUCCUGAUCAUCUAUCGUAGUAGUGAAGAAGUUCAGAAGACAGAAAAUUAAAUUAUUUCAGAGCAUCAA